UGACAAGACAAGACAAGUCAAGAAACUACGGUGCACUGAAACCGAAGUCACUUCUUUUUCAACAAAUAUUAUAGAUAUAUUUAUUUCUUUUGUUUUUAAUUAUUUCUUUGCAAAUUAAAAUGGAAAUAAACGUCCGUGAUUAUACAGCACUGAAAAAUUUUAAAUUUGACGACGAGAAGGUAUCCACAAUAACAUCCCGCGAUCAGCAAAAAACUGAAGGCAGUGUUGAAAAAUGUUUCGAUAGAUACCUGCAAUCAUUGUCCUAUCACUAUCAUAGUCCAAAUCUAACAGAAUUCUUUCGUGAAGAACACCAGCGCUAUGUCGAGGCAUACCUCCGACGAUUGCCAACCAAGUAUGAGUGCCUCGACUCGAGCCGUCCAUGGAAUGUCUAUUGGAUUCUAAAUGCAGCCCAUUUGCUAAGUUUUCACUUCUCUGAUGAAGUACUAGGACAUGUUGUAGGUUUUCUUGAAAAAUGUCGUUCACCAAAAGGUGGCUUUGCCGGCGGACCAGGACAACAUGCACAUCUAGCACCCACCUAUGCAGCAGUCAAUAGUCUGUGCAUAAUUGGAACGGAAGCUUCUUACCGUGCAAUAGACAGGGAUUCGUUAGUAAAAUUUCUUUGGUCAAUUCGAGAGCCCGAUGGUUCGUUUAGACUGCAUGUGGAUGGAGAGACUGACGUCCGAGGAGCGUAUUGUGCUAUUUCGUGCGCCAAGUUAACUAAUGUUCCUGAAGAAGAAAUGAGCAAGUUAUUUGCCGGCACUGCUGAUUGGAUUGCCAGUUGCCAAACCUAUGAAGGUGGAUUUGGUGGGGCACCCGAUUUAGAGGCACAUGGGGGCUAUACAUUCUGUGCGAUAUCGGCAUUGGCUAUGUUGAAUGAGGGCAGUAAAUGUGAUACAGAGCUCCUUUUGAGAUGGGCUCUUGGGCGACAAAUGACAUUUGAAGGUGGCUUUCAGGGAAGAACCAACAAGUUAGUUGAUGGAUGUUACUCAUUUUGGGUUGGAGCUAUUUUCCCAAUUGUUGAGGCAAUUAUAUCAAAAGAAGGACACCCUAUUAAAAAAUCACUCUUCGACUGUAUCGCGCUCCAAGAAUACAUCCUCCUGUGCUGUCAGAAACCAAAUGGUGGACUCAUAGACAAGCCAGGAAAGCCACAAGAUCUCUAUCAUACGUGUUAUACUCUCAGUGGGGUAUCGAUAGCUCAACACUGUGAAUCAUCAUUGUACCCCAUUGUUUUAGGUGAUCCUUCCAACGAACUCCUCCCUACCCACCCACUUUUUAACGUUCCACCAAUAAGUGUUACAAAAUCACUUCAAUAUUUCUCAGAAAUCAAUGAGUCAAGAACAAGCAGUGUAGAUCGUUCAACGCGCUCUGAAUCUGCUGACAGUACGUCCAAAUCAAAGAAUGGUGGUCGGGAAUCAACUUACGAAUCGGAAGACAAUACCGAAGACAACUCAACAACAAGUUCGUAUUGAAACUAGACAAAAAAAAAACUAAAUGAAUAGAAAAGGAAAAGAAAAAAGAAAAAAAAAUCCUAUAUACACUUAAGAAAUGAAAACAGUUAGCUGUACCUGCUGUUUAUGAUUCCCAAGACUAUCAUUGUUGCUCCAAAAUCCAAAAGAGAAAUAUAAUAUAUGAAGAACCUUCUGGCCGUAGUCUUGAGGUAGAGAGCAGCAGCUGUUCUUCUGUUUUAUAUAUUUUUAAUUUAUUGUUAAAACAAAACAAAAGUAUAAGAAAAGAUUCUUGAGACUGUGUUGCGCCUGGAUAAAUUAUUGAAACAAAAAUAAAUUAUAUAUUUUAUGUAAAACUUUCCAUGAUCUAUAAACAAAUAGAAAAGAAAAUCAAAAGCAAACUUUUUUAUCGAGAAAACUUUCAAAUAAAAAUUCUGCGAUAGCUUUAUCCACGA